AGAAUCCAGUUCUGGGUAACUUGAAAGCCUGUGAUUUUUGCACAUUAUGACCUUAUGUUUUCCAUUAUUCCCAUCCUUUGGCACCAAAUGACUUUACUUUCAGUGAAGAGGCUUGGGGUCUAUGACAGUUGCUUAUGGUUAUCAGUGCCCAUCUCUAGCUGUUGUCAUUCUUCUAUAUAAACAGUGAUUUUUACUGCUCAAGAGGGAACCUCUCAAGGUGCUCCUAAAACGACUCCAGCUGGAGGGUGCUUUGUAAACUAUUCCAAGUCAGGAUGAAUACAGACUCAAAGGAGGUUUUGCCCAUGGAUGUACAUGGUCCUGAGGCUUGGGAAGAACCGACCGUGAAGGUGGAGACGGAAAGUCGCCUCCAGAUGCAGGAGUCCAGACUGAAACGUAGCAGUCCCCUGGCGAGGGAAGUCUUCCGAACGCGCUUUCGACAGCUGUGUUACCAGGAAACUCCUGGACCCAGGGAGGCCCUCACCCAGCUCCGUGAGCUGUGCCGCCAGUGGUUGAGGCCUCAUGCCAGCACGAAGGAGCAGAUCCUGGAGCUGCUGGUGCUGGAGCAGUUCCUGACCAUCCUGCCCGAGGAGCUCCAGGCCUGGGUGCAGGAGCACUGUCCAGAGAGCGGGGAAGAGGCUGUGAUUCUGCUGGAGGAUCUGGAGAAGGAGCUCGAUGAGCCACAACUUGAGAUGGUAGCCUACGGACAGGGACGAGAAGUCUGCUCUAGAGAGACGGUGCCUCUAGGCGAGCAGACAUCACUGAGCCUUCAGUCCCAGCCCGAGGAGCCCCAGCUCCCUCGUGACACUGCCCAAGAGUCCCGCCCUCCUGGAGAGACAGACACAUUUCUGUUUUCCACACCUGUUGUCCUCCCCCAGCUAAAAGGAGCAGGAGAACCGUGGUCUGACAACAGAGGAGCCCUACAAGGCGCCUGUUCUGAUGGACCGAGCAUGGCUGAGGACAGAGAAGUGGUGCCGAGGAAAGACUGUCCUAAGAUAGCGGAGUCCCGCGGGGAAGUCCUUUCCGCACAGACCUGGGAGGAGGCACGCGGGGGGCCCGGGCCUGGACGGGGCUGGGCAGAGGGGCGCCGGGGCGGCCCCCCGGGGCGGGGAUGGCACACGUGUGACGAGUGCGGCAAGACCUUUGCCCAGAAUUCGGGCCUCACCCGCCACCGCAGGGUGCACACGGGCGAGAGGCCCUACGCGUGCGGCGAGUGCGGGAAGGCGUUCAGCCGCAGCUCGGGGCUGUUCAAUCACCGCGGCAUCCACGACGCGCACCGGCGGUACCGCUGCCGGGAGUGCGGGAAGGCCUUCAGCCAGAGCGCCGGCCUCAUCCAGCACCAGCGCAGCCACCGGCCGGAGCGGCCGCACCGCUGCGCCCAGUGCGGGAAGAGCUACGGCCGGCGCUCCUUCCUCCUGGAGCACGAGCGCAGCCACACGGGGGAGCGGCCGCACCGCUGCGCCCGCUGCGGGAAGGACUUCACCCGCCAGUGCAACCUCAUCCGCCACCAGAAGACUCACGCGGCCGCCGGGCCGCGGUGACUCUGGGGCGCGCCUGUCCCUGGUCUCGGGCCCGGCCCCCGGGGAGGGGAAGGCCAGGAAGCGUCGUCUUCUCGCCCCCUCCUCGCGUUUGGGAGCAGACGCUGAGCCGUGGUCUGGGCAAAUCCGAAGAGGAAGCCUUGGGUGUUUGCACCUGCUGCUUCCGCGCCCUGGUUCUCCCCCUCCCCCGCCUGCUUCGCCCCGUCCCCACCCUGCUUCACCCUGUACUCACCCUUCUUGUUUACUCAGAUGGCAGCUGCUGAACCUUCCUAGUAAUGGAAUAAAUGGCGCUGCCGGGCCAAUAUGCCUGAAACACGUGCGUCCCUGUUUAAUUCCAUAAGGUCACAUAGAGCCCUGCUGAUGUUUUAUGAUACGUGGGUCUUCAGUGUCCCCAGGGCCAGUUCCUCUGCGCCCACUCCUUGUCCACCCCACCG